AUGAACCGCAACAACACAACCAACAGCGAACUCGACGAAAAGAUUAGCAUCGCAACUCUCUCCCCAGAUACAAAUCCAUUAGAUACGAUUGAGAAUCCGUCCAAGAUUGAAAGGAACGAGUCCAAAGACCUUGAGGCAAGUUUUGGCAGUGGCAAGGGACAGGAUGACGAUGAAUUACCAAAGGUUCCAAUGACCUUCCCGGAUGGUGGGUUUGGAUGGCUGGUUGUGUUGGGCGCAUUCAUGAUCCAGUUCUGCUGCUUCGGGUUUAACUUCUCAUGGGGCGUAUACCAAGAACACUUUGUCAACGAAAACGUCUUUCCAGGCGCGGUACUGACAGAAAUCUCAUGGGCAGGGACCAUUGGUGCAGGAAGUGUGUUUAUUACAGGACCCUUCCAGUCGAGUAUGAUCCGACGGUUUGGAACCCGACCCAUCAUUGCUACAGGGAUUGUUAUCAGUGCCUGCGGGUUGGUUGCAGCGAGCUUUGUGACGAAGGUUUGGCAGUUGUAUUUGACCCAGGGACUCAUGUUCGGACUUGGCGCAGGAAUGGCCAUCCUCCCAGCACUAACGGUCCCCGUCCAAUGGUUCGACAAAAAGAGAGGUUUAGCAACAGGAAUCUCGGUCGCAGGAUCAGGAAUUGGAGGUGCUGCAUUGGCGCCCUUAAACCGGUAUCUAAUCAGUCGCCUUGGAUAUGAGUGGGCUCUACGGAUCAUGGCGAUCAUGUUCGUUGUGGUCGUGUUUUCGGUGUUGCCUUGUAUCCGGACGCGUGUUCCACCUAUCAAGAAGGGUGGUCCGUUGUUUGAUUUGUCGCUUUUUAAGGAUCGCGGUUUUACAACCAUGUACUUCAUGGGAGUGCUGGUGACAUUUGGAUACUUGACACCCGUGUACCUCCUCCCAACCUACGUCGUCAAAUACGGGAUGGACAAAACUACAGGCGCAACACUCGUCGGGAUCUUUUCAGGCAUCAACGCUGUCUCUCGAAUCAUCUUGGGCAUCGCGUCCGACAGAUAUGGACGUUUUAAUGUGCUUUUCACCUGUACAUUCCUGGGUGGACUAUCCUGUUUAGUGUUUUGGCUGAACGCAAAGACGUUGGCGAUGUCGGUGGUGUUUGUGAUCUUUUAUGGCGUCAAUGGAGGUGGGUUUGUGAGUCUGUUCCCUGUGGUUGCGGCUGAGAUUGUGGGGGUUGAGAAGUUGGCUGCUGCGGUUGGGAUGUUGUACUCUAGCAACCUCUUUGGUAACAUGCUGGGAACACCUAUUGCGUCGGCGAUUGUUUCGGCGUCGGGUGGGUCGUACCAUUGGGCGAUUGUCUUUGCGGGUGCGGUGCCUAUGGUAGGUGCCUUUUUGUUGCUUUCCUAUCGACUGUCAAUUGAGCCCCGUCUUUUUGUCAAGAUCUGA